AUCUGGAGCAUGUGAUCAGCAUGAAGGCUUCAGCUCGCAUGUUCCUAUGGUAACUGAUCAAAGCCUCUGCGCGCGUUCUGUGCUCGUGUACGGCAGGACGCAGUUGCGCGCGGAGUCUGUCUGCCACGGAAGCGUUCACAGCACUGGAUUCAUACUUAGGAUACAACUGCAACAUCUGAGGCACACUUUCGAAGAGAGCUGCCAGAAAGAAUUUUGAGGCAAGCAAGUGGAUUUAGGCAUUCAGAGGAAGCUGACCAUCACCUCCUCAUGAUGCACAUGAACAGCUUGUUGAACAGAUGGAAUGAGAUCUCCAAGAUGUGUGAGGUGGAAGACACUCCAGAACCAGUCAGUCCCACGCUGCUCAAUGAGUCCACAGACACCUACUGCCAGACCGACUGCUGGCACCGACUCCGCACCACAGUCCGAAAGCUAGAGUUCUGGGAAGACUUCAGUGCAGAGCUUAUCGGAACCGGCUUCUUCUCCAAGGUCUACAAGGUGAUGCACGGCACCACGAAGAAGGUGAUGGUGGUGAAGAUCUAUAAGAAUGACGUGGAUCAGAACAGCAUCGUGAGGGAGAUCAGUCUACUUCAGAAACUCUCCCACCCCAACAUAGUGAGGUACCUGGGGAUCUGUGUCAAGGAGAAUAAGCUGUACCCAAUUCUUGAGUAUGUGAGCGGAGGCUGUCUGGAGGAGCUGCUGGCCAGGCAUGACGUCAACCUCUGCUGGAGAGAGAAGAUCGAACUGGGCUGUGAUAUCAGCCGAGGAAUGACUUAUCUCCACUACAAGAACAUCUAUCACAGAGAUCUCAACUCUAAGAACUGCCUGAUCCGUGUGACCUCGCGCGGCAGAGAGGCUGUGGUCACAGACUUCGGCCUGGCUAGAGAAGUGGGGGAUCUGCCUGCAAAUGACCCUGACAGGAAGUUGUCUCUGGUGGGAUCGGCCUUCUGGAUGGCGCCUGAAAUGCUUAGAGGAGAGCCGUACGACCGCAAGGUGGAUGUCUUCUCUUUUGGGAUCAUGUUGUGUGAGAUCUUAGCAAGAAUCCCUGCCGACCCAGAAGUGCUGCCCAGGACAAAGGACUAUGGGCUGGAUGUGGAAUCGUUCAGAGAGCUGGUGCAGGGCUGCCCAGAGCGGGUUCUGGAACUCUCUGCCAGCUGUUGUCAGAUGGAUGCAUUCCGAAGACCUUCCUUCUCUGAGCUCCUGGAUGAGCUGGAGGACAUCGCCGAGACCCUAGAGCCACCAGACAACAUCCUAACCACGGGUUGAUCUCACAACUCCAUCCUAACAAACCCCUGGACUGGAGGAUUUAAGGGACAGUGCUACGUAAGAGUGCAGCAGUGGACCGUGACCGGCACUCUGUUCUCCCAAGAGUAGAAUAUACAGGGAAUGUCUGGUAAUUGAGGACAAAACCACUCAACUGAAGGU